CAGUAUCACAAUCCGGAAAUGAGCCUGAAGUGCCAAAGAUGGCGGCGCAGGAACCAAUGUCGAUAGCGAUGCGGCUAAGAAAUCAGUUACAGUCCGUAUAUAGACUUGACCCAUUGAGAAAUGAGGAAGAAGCUAAAUUGAAAAUCAAAGACCUGAACGAACAUAUUGUCUGCUAUCUGUGCGCGGGGUACUUCAUCGAUGCUACAACUAUAACUGAGUGUCUGCAUACAUUUUGUAAAAGCUGUAUUGUGAAGUACCUCCAGACCAGCAAAUACUGUCCAAUGUGCAACAUCAAGAUCCACGAAACACAACCUCUGCUCAAUCUGAAGCUGGACAGAGUAAUGCAAGACAUUGUCUACAAACUGGUCCCAGGACUGCAGGAAAGCGAAGACAGGCGGAUCAAGGAGUUCUACCAGUCUCGUGGCCUAGAAAGAAUAAUCCAGCCGCCGAACGAAGACGCAGUGCCAGAUGUCGCGGGUCUGCCGUACACCAGCUUCGACCACUCGAAAGCCCACUUCUACCGCUACGACGAGCAGGUUUCGCUCUGUUUGGAGAGGCAAAGUGCAUCCUCAUCGCUGUCAUCUGGGAAAGAUAAAAACAAGUCAGUUCAGCAGAUUCAUCUGGCAAGCAGUGUGGUGGUAUAUGUGUUCUGUUUGGCUAAUGGACCUCAGUUAGUUGAUAGCCGUUCCCCCCAGCAUAAAUCAGUACACUUCACACAAGUGACAAGCGUAUGUGUGGAAGCAGAAGCAUGAAAUACAGAGAUUGCCUAUCAGCCAUUCGAGCUGCUCGGUUAAGCCGGUUUUGUCAUGCUGCAUAUUUUUUGUCUGACAUUGCUUUAGUCUGUCUCACGGGUUCCAAGUUUUUAGAGAGCAGGAAUGCAUCAACUUCUGCGUGGAAAAGUGAGCAGCACUUACGAAUUCAGGAAGAGUUUUAUGGCACCUGUAACCUGAAUAUAUGUGUUUUCUUUUCUUUUUUUUGCAUUCUGCCAAAUCUCUUGAACUGCAACAAAGACAAGGCCACAGUUUUCAUCAUAGACUAAUACACACACUUAAGUUAGUUUAAAUUACAUGUUUUGUUUAGUUUGUUACAGAGGCAGGAGAGUUCACAGUGGAAUUAAAUCUCAUCAUGAGAUAUUUUCUCACCCACAUAAAUCAUUAAAAAAUAUUUAUGUCACCACAGUAUAAACCAUAGUGUGUGUGCGUAUUUAUGUCACCACAGUAUAAACCAUAGUGUGUGUGCGCAUGUGUGUGUGCGUGUCUGUGUGUUUGAGACUUCAUAAAGUUCAUACGUACCAGAGAUUUGUGGAAGACUAACUAGUUUUCUUAAAUUGUGUAACAUUUUUUUUUUUUAGUUUUUAGUACUGUUUUCUACAUUUUGAUUGUCACUUAAGCUUUAUAUAACUUAGGUUGAAAUAUCUUUAUCUACCAGCAGAGGUCACUGUUUACCAGGAGUAGUAUAACUGAAGGACUUUUCACUGCUGUAGAAUUGUGCUGUCUGUAAGGCAACUGUAUGCAAAUGAGUAACUCAAGUGUAGUAAGACUGUAGAGACUAAAUACCAUCAUACUAUCAGUUCUCUUCUUCUGCAGUCUUAGAAUUCUUCCAAGGCAUGAAGGCAAACUAAUACCAUCUAGAUAUAAUCACAAGAUCAGACGUGCAAAUAAGUUAUUUUUGGGAUAACCACAUGCCAGCAAAUACCGUUGCGUAAUAAUGGAAGAUAAAGUGGGGCUAAUGGUUAUUGUGGCUAUCUGCGGUACCUCCCUCCUGGUGUACAGAUAGACUUUGUGAAAUCUCUGUCCCCUUCUCUG